CUCAUUUCCAUAAAAUUGUACUACUCUGGCAGAAGUCGAAGAGAUCGGAAAAACGAAAAUGCCGGUCCUAUGCACGAAUAUUUCGCCAGGGCUGAGAGUGAGAACUUCGUUGGACACUCAACGGAGGCUCCCUUACAAUCCCCACACCCCACCAAAGCCCAAGAGGAGCCCCAACGAUUUCGCUCCUUCACCCGCUGUCACCUUAACGAACAACUGCACGGACCGAUCAGGUGCCGACCUUCUCAAGCGCCGCCUCGACCAAGGAGUGGCAAAUAAGCGAGAUGAAUCUUAUAUGGGAUAUGAGAUAUGGUUGCCAAGGCCACCAAAAGUCGAUAAGCCUCGAUCAGUAUAUAAUGCAGCAUCGUUAGCAUAUAUCGGUGAUUGUAUCUAUGAGCUAUAUGCUCGCAGGCACUUCUUUUUCCCCCCACUGAAUAUUGAAGAAUAUAACGAUCGUGUAACAGCAGUAGUGCGUUGUGAAGCACAAGAUGCAUUGCUCCAGAAACUUCUUAAUGAUAAUUACUUAACAGAAGAAGAAAGGAAUGUUCUUCGGUGGGGAAAGAAUAUAGGUUCAGCUAAAACACGAUCUAGAAAACGUGCUGGAGUAGCAGUUUAUAACAGAGCAUCAUCACUGGAGACACUAGUAGAUUGGUUUUCUGUACCUGACAAAUGUAAGUCGAUUGGAAGAAGUCAUGCUAAAGCUGGGAUUUUCAACUGGAUCUUCUACUCAAGACAUUUUAGAGGAAGGGAAUAGGGAAGAGUGAGACGAAAGAGGUGAUGUCUACCAGAAAAUCUUAUUUAUAAAAAAAAAAUACGGGACACCUAGAUAACUGAACUUGAAGAAGUAUUCAAUGAGAGAUAAGAUAGAAAAUUUCUCUCAAGUUAAGAAUUUUCUUCAGUUCCUGAAGAUACUGGUGAGUCAUCUUCACCUUGUAAUUUAUUUGAUAAAUUCAUUGCUCUUAGAAAAGAAAUUAAAACUUGCACUAAAUAUUCUAUAUCUAACUUUAUUUCCUAUGACUCUCUAUCUCCCUCCUAUAAAGUUUUUGGCUUGUCUAUUUCUUCUGUGUAUAUUCCACAAUAUUAGAGAGAAACUCUUGAAAAUUCCAAAUGGAAGGAAGCAAUGAUUGAAGAAAUGAAAGCAUUUGUAAAAAAUGAAAUAUAGGUGUUUCACCUCCACAAGAAAAGAAGAUGGUUGGUUGUAAGUGGGUAUUCACUGUAAAACACAAAGCAAAUGAAUCGAUUGAACGGUACAAGCUAAACUAGUGGUUAAAAGGUUUACUCAGUCCUAUAUAGUUGACUAUCAGAAGAUCUAUACACUAGUUGCAAAGGUGAACACAAUCAAAAUAUUACUAUCCUAUGCUGCUAACCUUGAUUGGAAUUUACACAAAUUUGAUGUCAAAAAUACCUUCCUCCAUAGGAACUUAGAGGAACAGGUAUACAUGAAAAUUUCACAAGAAUUAGAAGAUGAAAAAACACAAACAAAACUUUGCAAAUUAAAGAAGGUCUUAUAUAGAUUGAAACAGUCUCCAAGAGCAUGGUUUGAAAGGUUCAGAAAAGUUAUAAUCUAUUUCAGAUAUCAACAAAGCAAUGUUGAUCAUACCCUAUUCAAUCAAACAUUGUGAGGGUAGUAGGAUAACUCUUUUCAUUGUUUAUAUAAAUGAUAUUAUGGUGACUGAAGAUAAUAUAAAGGAGAUAGCGCGAUUAAAGAAACUCCUUACUUGAGAAUUGAAAUCAAAGAUGUAGGAAAAUUGCAGUACUUCAUAAAAAUUGAUGUUGUCAUAUUUAAUAAAGGAAUCUUCAUUUUUCAGAGAAAAUAUAUUCUAAACUUGUUAGAAGAGACUGGUAUAAUGGAUUGCAAGUCAAUAAAUUCUUCUACUAAAAGUAAUUACAAACUACAAACAGGUAAAAAUACAUAAGUGGACAUAGAAAAAAAUCAAAGAUUAGUUGAAAGACUCAUUUAUCACUCACAUAUCAGACCAGAUAUAACAUAUGCAGUUAGCAUGGUGAGUCAGUACAUGCAUGAUCCUUACGAGACUCUUUUACAUGCUAUUUUAUGAAUAUUACAAUAUCUGAAAUUAACAUCAGGAAAAUAUUUACUUUUCUCUAAAAAUGGCCACUUUAAGAUAGAAAUAUUUAUAGAUGCCGAUUGGGCUGGAUCUUUGGAUGAUAGAAGGUCCACUACUAGUUACUGCACACUCGUUGGAUGCAACUUGGUUACAUGGAAAAAGAAAGAACUAGAGUGUAGUUGUUCGUUUUAGUGCUGAAGCAGAAUAUAGAGCAGUGGCCCAAGGGAUAUGUGAGUUUAUUAUGGUUACAAAAGUUAAUAAAGGAGUUAAGACUGUUUAAAGAAGAAAAUCUAUCAUUGUUUUGUAACAAUAAAGCAACCAUUAGUAUUGUUCAAAAUCUAGUUCAACAUGAUCAGACGAAAUAUAUUGAGAUAAAUCGUCAUUUCAUAAAAUAAAAAGUGGUUGAUGGCUUUUUAUGCUCAUAUCAUGU